GCAGUGAAUAACCAACCAACAGCGCGGUAAGAAGAGACCCUAGAUUUAACUUUUCAAUCAGUCAAGCUCAACUCGGUCGGACGGUCCGAUUUUGAACCAUUUACACAUUGAAAUUAAGUUUUCGUAACUCGACGUUGGAUUUUUUUUCGCUCUGGAAAUUAUUGCCGGGUUUUCAGUGGUUUAUGUGAAACGCAUAUUGUGCGCUGAAAAGUUUUUGGCAAAUUGCCGCAGAAGGACUCUUUUACUUUUACGUUUUUUUGUGUGUAUUAUAUAGCGUGCAUCCGUCAGUGGAAGUUUCCGCGUCUGCACAGAAAGUAAAAUCGAAUUUGUUUUCUUGGCAUUUGGCGAUUUGUUAAUUGUGAGAAGAAAAAGUUGGUUCUUCCGUAGUAAAGAAUGGAUCCGAAAUGCAAACAUCUCUCCGGACGAUGGACCAACGUUGGACUGGCGUGUGUGGCAUUCGCUGUCAUCGCGAUGCUCGCAAUCCAGCCGGCCGCCUCGCAAGCCGUAGUCAACAGUGAGGAUUCGAAUCAGCUAGGAGGAGAUGGGAAAAUCGUUAAUCAAGGUAAUGGCUUGGAGCAGCAACAGCGUCCCAAUGCAGCCCGCUCCAGUUUGGUGGACAACAUAUUCAAUAUUCCGAUCCAAACACUGAAGGCAGUCAACGAUUUGGUACAAAGCAUCGCAGGUAAUCUACAGGCUGCUGGCGCAGGAAGCUACUUCCGCACGAAAACCGACCGCGACAGGAACAUUAACGUAAACAUUGAUGACGAUAACAACGACCAGAAAGGAGGGAAUUAAUGGCGCACGUAUUGUGGCUCUAAGGGAAACGAUGUCGUGGUUCGUAUGCUUUAGCCUAGUGACUGUGAUUCUUAGCAUACUUGGUACUAAUAAUAAGUAAGAUAUUUCGG